AUGGUCUUAACGAAGCAAGAACUGAAGGAGGUGGAAAACACAUUCAUUGGUUUACUUAAAAGUGAAAUAGGGCCCCUAAUAAAAUCAUACACAGGAACGAAUUUCCAUUCAUAUGAUGAUAAAUCAAAUGGCGUAGAUUUGGUAACCGCUCUAGACAAACAGAUUGAAUCCUUAAUCAAAUCGGUAUUAUCCAGCAAAUAUCCGAGUUUCAAAUUUAUCGGAGAAGAAACUUAUGUGAAGGGUGCCACUAUAAUUACUAACGACCCAACAUUUAUUGUUGAUCCUAUUGAUGGUACUACUAAUUUUAUCCACGGUUAUCCUUAUAGUUGUACCUCUCUAGGUUUAGCUGAAAUGGGGAGGCCAGUAGUUGGUGCAAUUUUCAACCCUCAUUUGGACCAACUUUUCCAUGCUUCUAAGGGCAACGGAGCCUUCUUGAAUGAUCAGGAUAUAAAUGUGACGAAAAGACCAUUGAUUUUACAGAAAUCAUUAAUUGCUCUAGAAGGGGGUUCAGAAAGAACUGAAGGUUCACAAGCAAAUUUCGACAAAAAAAUGAAUACUUACAAAAAUCUACUUCGUGAAUCUGGUGCCUUUGUUCACGGGUUCAGAAGCACAGGAAGUGCGGCCAUGAACAUAUGCUACGUAGCAAGCGGCAUGCUUGAUGCAUACUGGGAAGGAGGCUGCUGGGCGUGGGAUGUAUGUGCUGGUUGGUGUAUUCUUCAAGAGGCAGGAGGAAUAAUGGUUGGCGGAAUCCGUGGGGAAUGGGACAUUCCAUUGAACAGAAGAUGUUACUUAGCUAUUAGAGGUGGAUGUGACCAGAUCGAACAGAAGCAAUUCGCGGAAUCAUUCUGGACCCAUGUUGCUGGUGAACUGAAAUACUGA